GCGCAGGGCAGGCCCGCAGGUGUGGCCGACAGCCCGGCCGCCGCCGCCGCCGAGUUUGCCUCGUGUAGUUUUGCCCCCAAAUCGGCCGUGUUCUCCGCCUCGUGGUCCACGGUGCCUGCCCAGCCCCCGGCGGCGGCGGCGAUGAGCGGUCUCUACCACCCGUACGUGCCCCCGCCGCCCCUGGCUGCUGCCUCCUCCGAGCCCGGCCGCUAUAUGCGCUCCUGGAUGGAGCCGCUGCCCAGCUUCCCGGGCGGCGCGGGUGGCGGCGGUAGCGGUGGUGGAGGUGGCGGUGGCCCGGGCCUGGUCCCAGCCCCUGGCCCCAGCGGCCCAUCCAACGGGCGCCACUAUGGAAUUAAGCCUGACCGGACGGCCCCGACCCCCGCCGCCGCGGCCGCCGCCACCUCCACCUCCUCUUCCACUUCCUCGUCUUCCUCCUCCAAACGGACUGAGUGCUCCGCGGCCCGGGAGUCCCAGGGGAGUGGCGGCCCCGAGUUCUCGUGCAACUCGUUCCUACGGGACAAGGCGGCAGCGGCGGCUGGGGCAACCGGGCCCGGUGCAGGGAUCGGGGCCGGGGCCGGAGCAGGCGGCUCGUCGGAGCCCUCGGCUUGCAGCGACCACCCGAGCCCGGGCUGCCCGCUGAAGGAGGAGGAGAAGCAGCAUCCGCAGCCGCCGCCGCAGCAGCAACUUGACCCAAACAACCCCGCAGCAAACUGGAUCCACGCUCGCUCCACCCGGAAAAAGCGCUGUCCCUACACCAAAUACCAGACGCUUGAGCUGGAGAAAGAAUUCCUCUUCAACAUGUACCUCACCCGGGACCGGCGCUAUGAAGUGGCAAGGAUUCUGAACCUCACAGAGAGACAGGUCAAAAUCUGGUUCCAGAAUCGUAGAAUGAAAAUGAAAAAGAUGAGCAAGGAGAAAUGCCCUAAAGGAGACUGACGCGGCGCAGCGCCGACGGAACCGCUCUGCUUUGCAAAGGCAGUGGGGUUUUUUCUUUGUGGGUGCUUGAUUUCCAGAAAUUCUGCAGCGAUUCGGACAUUUCUCCCCCUUCCCCCUUUUUGGUAGAAGUGACUGUGUGGUUGGUCUCUGUGAGGUAUUUUGGGGGACUCUGUAUUUGCUCGCUUAUGUGUUGGAGAAACCAAGUGGCUUUGGGGUUUUGCCCUAUCCCGCUCCCCAUGUUUCCUGUCCUAUUGGUUCCUUAGGAAAUGCCAUAUUUUGUGAGUGCACGCCGGCUUGAGGAGCCCUCUCCUGUGUAAAUGUCCCUUAUGUUUCUGAAAAGUGCUGUAGUUUAGCCCCCAGCGCUGCUCAAGCAGGGGCCAAGCGCACCCCACUUCUGAGAGCGAAGGCAGAGCGACGACAGUGAGGAGGCCCGCCCAGGCCAAGACCCGGUCGUGUUGUCCACCGGUUAUGAAAGCCCCCUUUCCUCAGGGAGUCCACGGGCCCUCCACUAAGACGUGGAAUGAGACCGAGAGAAGAGCCUAGGGCCGCCGGUGGGUCGGGGGUUUCUUCUCAGUGCACUGGCGGAGCCGCACUCUCGGGGGAGGUGUUGGCUCGCUUGGGCUACCGCGGGUGUAGGCCCUCCGGGUUCCUGCCCGAGGACCAGUUGUAAAUGUUACCGCUUCCUACCAAUAAAUGCUGACCUGAUCAAAUGGAGUUCAGACGCUGGCCCUGAA